CGAUAGCGGGCGAUCGUCGCGCCGCCAGUGUCUCGCGGUUCAUCGAUCAGUGUGGUGUGUGUCGCGUUGUUGUUCCGGGGGAUUUUUUUUAGUGAUUUGUUCCUACGUUCGCUGCGCGCUACAUUACGCGGAUUCUUCGCGGCCGCUCGUCCCCGGAAAUUCGUGCGCGUGCAUAAAGCGGGCACCGCGAGCGGAGCCCAUCGAGAUUCAACGGGAUAAAAAUGCGACUAAGGAUACACUGGAUUCUGGUUAGCACGGCCGUGGUAAUCCUCGCGGGAUGCAACGCCGCUACCGAGAAGGAACAGACCGACACCAAGCAGAGAAGUCAGUCGGCGAGCUCGACUUACAACACUUUCCCGGACGACCUGUACUUGGAUGACCAGGACGCCUUAGAAGGCUCCGGUCGAGGUGGCAGCGAUAAUCGCGACGACCUCGAGGCUUCGGGCAGUGGCCUUGGCCCUGACGACGAGGACGGGGACGACGAUCAUGAAUUUAACGGUAAUAAUGGAUUAGAAAUUCCGAGCAAGCCGACCGAGGCGAGACCUCCGUACUUCAUCGAUGAGACAAACGCCAAAACUAAACAACAGACGACUAUCGACGCGGUAAACCGACCCGGCAACGAGGUCGACGCAAUCGAACCCUCGGGCACGGAAGACGAUCACGCCGACAACACCGACGAGAUCCACGAGGUCUACAUAAUGAAUCCGAAACACGAGGACCGCGCCAGCUCGUUCUUCGCGCAGCCAGGCGUCCUAGCCGCUGUGAUUGGCGGCGCGGUAGUGGGCCUCCUCUGCGCGAUACUGGUGGUCAUGUUCAUCGUGUACCGGAUGCGCAAGAAGGACGAGGGUUCGUACGCCCUGGACGAGCCGAGGAGAUCGCCCGCGGCGCAAGCCUUCCCCAAGCCGGGCGCGCCUCACCACAAUCGGGAGUUCUACGCUUGAGGCGACGGCGGCGUAAUGAUGACGACCUCGCCGAUUCCUCUCGCGAUCUCACGAUGCCAAGCCGAGUAAGGACCACCGACGAUCGACAACGCCCGCAAUCGGAAUCCCGCUGGUCGAUAGUGAUAAACAAAAAAGAGAAGGAUUACUUCGGCGAACCGCAUGGCACGUCCAUGGACACUCCCGCAACGCCGGGACUUUAUCGAGGAACGUCGCUCGCGGAACGUCGGCCGAUUCUCGCGGAUUCUCCCUCGGCACCUACCGAUAUUCGCUUGCUCUUAUUAACUGUAGCUCACCCGUUACAACAUAUCCCUAUCUGCUCUGCCUUAUAUCUGUCCCUAUAUAUCCUUCUGCGUUCUCCUUCUAUUCGGAAGGCAAUUUUUCACGAUUCUCCCUCCGGAGCCUUCCCUUCUGACUUUUAGACUCGCGACGACGCCGACGACGAUGACGACGACGUUCGCGAGUACGCUUCUCGACCGCCCGAAACUUCUUGACUCUCGGAGACUGUAUUUUCUUACGCGCUGUAUUUCAUCGCGUCGAAGGAAACGGGCGCACGCGAGUAAGAGAGUCUGAGGCAAGACGAAUUCGCGGCUCUCUCUUUCUCUCUUUCUCUCGGCCGACGGACUAUUCACUCGAACGCCGAAAUUUUUCAGCUCCGAUUCGCCCUUUGUAGCGCUCUGUACAGAGUACCUUUCUUUUCGUUGUAUCUUAAUUUUAUAACUGCACUCGCUACCGCACCUCUCCGAAGUUCUUUUCGAAGGGCAAUCAUCCCGGCUGGUGACUGAAAGCGAUGGACAGUGAACGACGAGACUAGGACUCGCGUAUAUGUAUUGUAUAUCCUGUCGAGAGACAUCGUCGGCGAGGUUGCACCAAUUCCAAGAUGCAUUUACAAGCGUAUUUAGAGCGCGUGUGUAUAUAUAUCUAUACAAUAUAUAUAGUAUAUAUACAUAUAUAUUGUACAUAUAUAUGCACACGUAUAGGUAUACGUAUAUACAUGUGUACAGGACGGAGAGCGUGAAAAUUCGUGGGCGAUAAACGCCGUUGCUAUGUCGUUAAUCAUUCUGUCUCGGUGGAAGGAGGGAAGGGAAGAAGGAUCGUUGCGGCACCGUGAUUUCUCUCCGACAGCAAGAGCGGCGAGGAGUUAAGCUGCAACCUCGUCCGCGUCGCUGCUGUUGCUUGUUCCUUCUUUCUUUUCUUUUUUUUUUUUUUUAAAUUUACGGUAUCCAGUUUUUAGAUACUGAGCGUUUAAUGGCGAGUUCGACGAAAAUUUAUAUGUUUCGGUGAAACGCGUUCGCAUCUCAAUAGAGGCGAAAACGGCGGGAUUCGAUCGAUCAAUUGCGGAGGGAAUAAAAAGGGCGCCCUAUUAUUAAGUAUACGUGUUACGCAUUAAUCGUAGCGCGACCGACCACUAUCUAAGUUUCUAAGAGGAAAACAAAAUGUGUUUAGUCACGAUGCACACACACAUACACACACGUUUCUAAAAAUUAUAUAAGUUGCGCAAGUUUGCUUAAUGAUAGAGGAUUUAUGUCCGGUCAGUCGGUCGGUCACCGGCACUGUACAUAUCUCAUUACGGAAUAACGAUUAUUUCUAAAACAUAUGUAAGAUUUUAUACGUAUUUUCGCCGCGUAACUUCUUCUCUCAAUGUCAUUUCGUUGUAUCCUCGUAGUAUAUCGAAAGAUAAGAAGAUCAAGUUUGUGUAUUUUAAGAUAAUUCUAUCUUUCUAUUUUUUUCUACUGAUUUUAAUAUUCAUUUGUUGACAACUGUUUGCACGACUUUUGGCGUAAGAUAUAUAUAUAUAUAUAUAUAUAUAUAUAUAUAUAUAUAUAUCUCGAGUUUUCACAAAUAGGAUUUGCUGAUAAUAAUUGAACUCGUGUAUACAUAAAUUUACUCACUUCGAAUUAUUAUUCGAUAAAACUUAUUAUUUGGAAAUCUCAUUUUAAUAUUAUUUAUCUCGUUUAAUAUUUAAUAUUCGUGAAUCAUGUAUAAAUACUGAAAUCUCCUCACAGUAAUUGUAAUGUUUUUUCACGUAUUCGCCAAGCAUUUAAUAAGUUUUAUUAAAAUUCUUGUAUUGUGUAUGAAUCUCCAAGCGUUUAGCAAAUAAAAUGAAUUCUCAGUUAGCGUGCCAUAUUUUUAAAACAUGCGUGCUUGCGUGCGUGCAUCUCCAAUUCCGUGAUCGAUAUUCCCAAUUUCCUGCCGAGAUAAAUAUGUAAAAAAGUCCUUUUACUUUAAGUAAGUAAAGACCGAAAGUUUUUCAUUUCUUUUGUUCAGUGCAUCUAAUGCAUCCAAUGCUUUGAAACAUUUGAUGAAUGAAAGUAGUUCGUACAGUACAGCUAAUUAUGUUGAAUGGGACGUCACACCCUCCUUCCACCUAUAAGAUAAAACAUUCGUUUUUAUUAUCAAAGGGCAGUUCCAAUGCUAAUAAAUCCUCGAUACGUCCGUCUUGAUCGUUCUCGUCGUCAAAACUAUUCCAACGACGAGAAAUGACAUUGCCAUAUAAGAUGGAUGCUGCGAUCGAGAGGCACAAUCACGCGCGACACGUGAUUUCUUCUGCCCCAGGAGCAGCAUGAUAGUGCGCACGCCUUAGUACGACUAAAAAUGAUGCCAUAAUGUCACGUUAGAAAGCGAAAGGGAACAUGCGAAGAGCGAUACAAAUCUAUAUCCGAAUUUCUUUCUCAACUACAUUCGUUACGCGGUCCAUCUGUUUAUUAACGCUUUCUUUCUCUCUUUCUAUUUUUAUUUUGCUAUAUUUCUUAAUCUCUUUCUUGCCUCUUUUUCUAUCGUUCAUUUAUCUUUUUCUGCUUCUCUCUCUCUCACUCUCUGAAUUUUUCUACAAUAUCCUACAUCCUUGAAUCUCUUCUCGUAACAAUAUGAGCGUCGUCCUUUCGCAGAAUCCAACUCCGUUGCGGAAGAUUGGACGCGUUGGAAGUAAUAAAAGUAUAUCAUGCCGAUACUGCCAUAUACUACGUAAGGAACAGCGAUUUGGUACGAAACUCUCACGGAUCCGCCUUAUUAUCACGUUGCAUCCUCACUUCACGGCACAUUACUCUUAUCCUGCAUGGUAAUCGCUUCCUCCGUCAUCCUGCAAGGGUUUUUAAUCCUUUUGUUUCUCUUCGGCUGAUUCAACGCUUCUUACGCACGAAUGUGCUGAUAUGAUAAAAAGUGUAUAGAGUCUACUAAACGCCUUAUUUAUUUUAUUACCGAGAAUAAUGCGAUUCUCCUCUCAUCCACGGCAAACUUGUCGCGUUUCCACGAUAAUUUAUCAUUGUUGAACAUAUAUGUCACACAAUUUUAACAAAUGCAUGAUUUCUCUUCGUCGUAUCAUGUGUGUGACAAUUUUAUUUAUUUAUAUUUUUAAUCGAUUAAAAAUUUAUACUAAUUAUAUACAUGUAAAGUAAGGAUUCGUUUAAAUUAUUUCGUGUUUCUUUCUUUCAAAACUUUCUUUGCGCAUCUUUAUAGAGGAAUAAAUUUUACAAAAAUUUUAUGGAUUUAUAUAAGUUUUUUAUAUCAUGUCUGUUUUUGUAGUGCAUCUAAAUUUGAUACAUAGGAAUCAAUAAGAAUUAACGAUAAGAUUAACGAUAAUUAGAGAUCUAAUGUUGAUUACGAUCAAAGAAAUAUUCCUAUAUUCUUUCGGCAGAUUUUUUCAUAGCUUUGUUAUAAAUCGCUACUCUUUCUUAUUAUAUCAUUUUGUUAAAUAUAUUUUACAUCAAUUUACUAUAUUCAACUUCUUCUGAAAAAAUCACGUUUUGCAACACGCUUUAAUCUGUAAUAUUCUUUCCUUUCUUUGCCAUCUUUUUCCUCUCGGUAAUCCUUUAUUUCGUUUGUACCGUGCGAAAUAAACGAGGAAAGACCUAGAAAUUGGGGCUCGUAAUCUUUAUUGUAAUAAUAAUCAUACAUGAUAUAGAUGAAAUUGUUCGUUAGGUAGAGUAAUUAAUUGACCGCUUGGUGUGUCCCUGCCUCGGCUUUUGCUAGUUUCACCAUGCGGCCAAUUAACGUCCGAGAGGCGAUUAAGCGAAGGCGGGAAAAAAAUUUAAUUGUAAUGAAAUCAUAUUUUAUAAGAAAAACAUAACUCCGUAAGAUCAUUAUAGCAAUGAGAAGUCUGUCUAAACGCUAGAGACAAAAAAGCCCAUAGGCCAGAUGGACGAAUGAAAAUAAUUUUAAAAGUGAAUAUAUAUAAUUAAUAUUUAAUAAUAAUGAUAAUAUUAACAAUGUUAUUUUUUAAGUGUAAGUAUCAUGGUCCCAAAAACCGCCAUCUUCCUCCUCCUGUUCCUCGUCCUUUUCCUAUUGUUCCCUAUACCGAUCUAUACUACAUAUAUGUGUAUAUAUCUCCGUCUAUGCACGAACCCACAAAAUACGUAUAUACAUGUAUAUGUACUUAUAUAUAAAUAUAUAGAUAUAUAUAGAUAUAUACUCGCUCGCAAUUGCGGUAAAGCGUUUGUUUCAAUUUUUCAUCAAAAUAUUCUUAAUAACGGAUGUUCCCACAUUUGUUUCCCUUGCUCCAAAAUUGAAAGUCUACUAUUUGUGUAAUCGCACGAUUACAACACAAACCAACACACACGAGUAGCUUUUAAAAAGUAUAAAAAAUUGAACAUGUGCGUUAUCGCUAUUGCGAGCAUUUAUUACGUUAUUCUUAAUUAACGGAAAUUAAUAAUUGCACUAUAUUAGUAUAAUAACAAACAAUAAUGUAUGUCGUCGCUCCUAUUCUGUAAAUAAAUACUGUACCGUCUAAGGAAA